CUGGUAGCUUCCAUUCCCCCUCACUCCUCCUCGAUCCUCUUUUUCACCCGCGGCCUCGAAGGGUGUCCGCCAUGCUCUGUCGGCACCGGCCAUGUCAAAGAGAAGAGUCAUCACAGACCAUGAUCGCGACACGCCUUCCCCAUCACCAGCCCCACGCGUCUUGGGGUUCAAGUCUGCAAAGACUACCACGCCAAUAGCCCACAGGAGUCGAGGAGGACCAGCAGGAGGCUCUUCAAGAGCAAAAGUUGACUUGUCGGCGCUGGAUGCUUCCAGCCCCUCAAGUGCAUCAUCACCCCCCCUGCGUAGAGCCCCGGCCUCGACGCCCUUCAUACCUGCGUCAACUACCUUUUCGCCUGCUUUGCGCGGCGUGUCCGCAAGCCAUGCAUCCACCUCCGCUCCUACGACGCCCAGGAUAGGUAUCACGACUUCGGCUAGCGGGUCAAUACGUAGCGCGUCACCCAACAAGCAAGCGCCACUGCGAGGCUCGCCCUUCGAGCAUGGCGAGAUUCCACCCAACGUCACUGUACGUUCAUCAUCCAAGACAAAUUUGGCCGCCAUCGCUCGAAGUCGCACGGGCACAGAAGGCAGUGGCAUCAGCAACGGUGCAGCGAGCUCUCUUGCAUCGCCCACUCCCAGCGUCAAUGCCAGUGGCAGAGCCUCGCCCGUUCGGAUGCCAGGACAUGCUCGAUCCAAUACCCUCGGGCGUGUCCCAACAGCCUCGUCUUUACAUGCUACGCCCACGCAGGCUAGGCUGGCAGCUGCGGCCGUCUUCUCACCUCAUUCGAAUAGUGGUACAUCCUCGCCGAUGUCGCCUCCAACGUCAAGACCAAUGAGUGGCGUCGGACAGCCUCAUCUGCAGCAACGUGCCAGCAGUCCAUCGCGACCAGCUUCACCCGCAGGCCUCAAUGUGCACCGCCGCCACUCUGCGUCCGAAGGUCAAGAGGUGUUGGCGGCGGGUAAGCGGCUGAGUAGACCUCCUCUCGCUCCUUCAGCAUCACUCUCCUCUUCGAUGGGCAUGCAUCACCAGAGACAGCAAUCCAUCUCGUCGACCUCGGCCAACUCCGUGAGCGGCAUUAGCGCCGCAAGAAGCUCAGUAGGGAGUGAUACGGCAUCGACGAUUAGUAAGUCACCUGUAUCUCCCUCUCCAAUCGGUGGACAGGUGAGUCCGCCGAGAUCCCCGCCUGCCAUUGUGGCCAAGGUGGCACGACCACAGCAGCCGCAGGCUACUGUAGGAGGUCUGUCAAAUGCCCGGGAGCAGCCCUCCUUCGGCUCGGCAGCAACGGCCACAGCGACCGGCUCGAACGGCUUCUUUGACUGGGCGUUCUCAGGCUCCACUGGGACACCUCCUGUCCCGCCGUCCACUCAAUCACCGACCCGUCCUACUCCAUCAUCAGGCUCAGCCCUCCUGUCACCCACCACCGAACAAGCCACCCCUAGCGCGGGUUCCCAUUUCUCUUUGCCCAUCGAGUACGCUCAACUACGCGUCGAGCGCAAGAUCGCCGAUCUAGAGAUCACCAAUCGCUCCCUAAUGGCAAUCAACUCUGGUCUCGAGGUGAACAAGCACCGUCAAUUCAAAGAGAUUCGAGAGCUCAAACGACGACUCGCACGCGCGGAGAAUGGCUCUGCGCUUGCGCUCAGGAGUCCUGGCGGAAGCUCGGCAACUGGCACAUCAGGCGAUUCAGACGAUGAAGAUGAGGAUGAGGAUGAGGAGUACUUUCCCACCAUUGGAGGAGGCGACGAUGAUGCUGGGUUGGCAGGCCCGCCGAAAGAGGAUAAAGAGCUAGAAGCAGCUCAUCAGCGUUGUCGCGCCCUUAUUGACGGAAUGCUUGCCGAGGCACAGGAGGCCAUAUUGAGCGUCUGGCCGCCUGUUGCGCCUACCCUUCCCACCAACAGUGCUUUGGUUGCGAGCACGGAUGGAGCGGAAGAGAAGGGGGGAGGGGGAAUGAAAGUACUUAGUGUCGGGGAGGUGCACGAACGCGAAGAGGAGGCUGCGCGGGCUGAGGUCGAUGACGAUGAAGCUGAUGGUCUGGACGACAGCUUGGCAGGCAUGGGUCUAUCGGCGUCGGCAUCAGCCGAUAACUCCGGCAUAACCACGUCGCUUACGCCGAGGGCCUCUUCUCCACCGGUCCCGCUACUGGGAAAAGGCGAGGAGCAGGAGCCCGCGGCGAGUGGACUCGUCGCGGCCGACUCCCAGUCAUCGCUUUCGGACGCUCUCCCUCCUCUUCAACCUAUCGAGCUCGACUGUGCGCAAUCAGCUGCCUCUUCAGCCCUACAGGGCGAUCCAUCGAGGUCGGCAGCACCGCUGCCACCAGCAAUAGCGGCAUUGCCCUCCGGUCAAGACGAAUCUGCCAACAAGGACAGUGACAUGUCUGCAGAGCUCGCCGAGCACCCGCUCCAGCCUUCAGCUCGAGCGAAUGGCGUUGUUAACGGCGACGAUCAUCACCUCGCAGACAUGAGCUUGACCGACCAGGACGGUACAGAUGCAGCAAUACCGGCGCCAUUUGCUAGCAAUGCGCCUGGAGAAGCAGAUGUUUCAGAGGCUGGGACAGCCAGCGAGGUAUUUCCGCCCCCCUCGUCAUCCCCUGCAAUGCCUUUGGCAAAGGCGCAAGGCUUGCCUACGCCCAUGCAACCGGUGACCUCAGCGAGUCCGCCGGGCCAGAGGAACGGUACAGCGGCGGCUCAUGACGCAACGGGUGAUGUCGAGGAGCGAGGCGCGGCAGAGGAUGUUGACGCAGAUGAAGAUGGAGGUGCAACGCCUCUCAUACGCGAUGCUAAGUGGCUCGCUCCUCCUGAUGACGCAACGGGCGACUCUCAUGCGAGUGUGAAUGGCUCCGCCAGUGGCGAUGUCAGCAGCGAGGCAGACGAGAGCGGCGCCAGUGGAGAGACGAGCGUCUCUUUUGAGCGAGACGACGGUGGCGAUGGGCAAGGAGACUGGGAGCGGUACAACGACAGCGGUAUGGCAGGCUCGACUACCACGCCAGAUAUAUCCAUAGACUGACCGUAGCGCGACGUGACUGGGGAGGGGUGCAGGAUGAACACGAUACGAUACCUUUUUUUUUUGGAACUGUAAGCUCUCGCUGAGCCAGCCGGGCAGGAAGCUCAGAGCUGGUAAGUGGGCAAGGAUACGCUCCUUUACUCUACUGUGAGCAAUGAUACCACUCUCAUCUCUCG